GCGCGGCCCCCGCCCGCCCGCGCUCUUAAGCCGCUCCAAUGCCCCCGCCGCGGGCUCGCGCCGCCGCUCCGCUCCGCCGCGCCGCUGCCCCCGCCGCCCCGCGGCCGCCAUGGACACCGGCAGCAAGAUGACGGCUCGCCUGAUGCUCGCUGUGGGAGGAGCGGUGCUGGGUUCUUUGCAGUUCGGUUACAACACUGGUGUCAUCAACGCUCCGCAAAAGGUGAUUGAGGACUUCUAUAACCGUACCUGGAUGUACAGAUAUGAGGAGCCCAUCACUCCUGCCACCCUCACCACGCUCUGGUCCCUCUCCGUUGCCAUCUUCUCCGUUGGAGGCAUGAUCGGAUCCUUUUCUGUGGGGCUCUUUGUCAAUCGCUUCGGACGGCGCAACUCCAUGCUCAUGUCCAACAUCCUCGCCUUUGUGUCUGCUAUCCUCAUGGGUUUCUCCAAGAUGGCUCUCUCUUUUGAGAUGCUCAUCCUUGGCCGCUUCAUCAUCGGCCUCUACUCCGGCCUCACCACUGGUUUUGUGCCCAUGUACGUGGGCGAGGUGUCGCCCACUGCCCUGCGGGGUGCGUUGGGGACCUUCCACCAGCUCGGCAUCGUCUUGGGCAUCCUCAUCGCACAGGUGUUUGGUUUGGACUUGAUCAUGGGGAACGACUCACUCUGGCCACUGCUCCUGGGCUUCAUCUUUGUCCCGGCCCUGCUGCAGUGCCUCAUCCUGCCCUUUGCUCCUGAGAGUCCCCGCUUCCUCCUCAUCAACCGCAAUGAAGAGAACAAAGCCAAGAGCGUCCUCAAGAAGCUGCGAGGCACAACGGAUGUCAGUAGUGACCUCCAGGAGAUGAAGGAGGAGAGCCGGCAAAUGAUGAGGGAGAAGAAGGUCACCAUCAUGGAGCUCUUCCGUUCCCCCAUGUACCGCCAGCCCAUCCUCAUCGCCAUCGUCCUACAGCUGUCUCAGCAGCUCUCGGGGAUCAACGCUGUCUUCUACUACUCCACCAGCAUCUUUGAGAAGUCUGGUGUGGAGCAGCCCGUCUAUGCCACCAUCGGUUCCGGCGUGGUGAACACUGCUUUCACUGUGGUUUCGCUCUUUGUGGUGGAGCGAGCCGGACGCAGGACCCUCCACCUCAUCGGCCUGGCAGGGAUGGCAGGGUGCGCCGUGCUCAUGACCAUUGCCCUGACUCUGCUGGACCAAAUGCCCUGGAUGUCCUACCUCAGCAUUGUGGCCAUCUUUGGGUUCGUGGCCUUCUUUGAGAUCGGCCCAGGCCCCAUCCCUUGGUUCAUCGUGGCAGAACUGUUCAGCCAAGGCCCUCGUCCUGCUGCCUUUGCUGUUGCUGGCUUGUCCAACUGGACCUCCAACUUCAUCGUGGGCAUGGGCUUCCAGUACAUCGCGCAACUCUGCGGCUCCUACGUCUUCAUAAUCUUCACGGUGCUGCUAGUCCUCUUCUUCAUCUUCACUUACUUCAAGGUGCCGGAGACGAAGGGUCGGACCUUUGACGAAAUCGCCUCCGGAUUCCGGCAGGGGGGAGCCAGCCAGAGCGACAAAACCCCGGAUGAGUUCCACAGCUUGGGCGCAGACUCCCAGGUCUGAGGCGUUUGGUGGGAUUCGCUCCUUACAACACUUUGUACAGAAACCAGGAAGGAGGGAGCGGGGGGGCCAGCUCCUGCGCAUCCACCACUGUCCCAGACUCCCCCUCUGGUUUAUUUGGGGACAGACUGACCUAUUUUAUUAUUAUUGUUACUAUUUUUUUUCUGCUAGAAACGAUUUUUUUUUUUUUUAGCUGGUUUCGCGUCCAGGAUUUCAAACCCAAUCGGUGUUUUACAACCCAACCCCACCAGCGGGAUGGGAUGGGUGGCUCCCACGUUUUUUAACGACGCGAUAGGUUCUUUAACGAGCAAUCACGUAGCGGAAGGUUUUAAAGCUGGAAACUUUUUUAACGUUCUAAUCGUAGAAAAAAAAAAAAAGAA